AUGGCAAUACUAGCGAUGCAGAGCAGGGAAAGCAGCUCCGGCAAAAAGCGCAAGGUUCUAUGCUUGCACGGCAUAGGCACCAACAGUGAAAUGGGGCAGAUCUUCGAAGCGCAGACGGCUGCCUUACGCUAUCGUCUGGGGCCAGCGUUCGAGUACGACUUCAUUGAAGGUUCAUAUCCUUGGCCUGCCGCUCCAGGUAUCCGCGAAAUCUUCGGGGCCCACGACAUGUGUUAUUCCUACCAUGAUGGUUCGGCCCCAAGCGCUCUGGAGGCAGUGCAAAGUCUGUCCGAAUACUGCAGAGACAACAGUCCCUACGCUGCCGUCAUGGGCUUCUCCUCGGGUGCCGCACUCGCCGCCACUCUUCUCAUUGCAGAGGCGGGAGAUGAGGGGCUCAAGAAGGAGCAGCAAGCGACUUUUGGCAGUGCCAUCUUUCUAUGUAGCACCCAACCCUACGACUGGCGCGAGCUGAAAGCAGGAAGAGUUCGCUUCCUGGAUGGCCAAGAUGCGAGCGAGGCGAUCUGCAUCCCAACGGUGCAUGCCUGGGCACGCAACGACAAGGAAUAUGCAGAACAAGGGGUCAAGGUAGUGCAGAUGAGUAAGUUAGCAAAGCGAACCGAGGUGAUUCACAACGCAGGCCACGGGGUUCCAAAUCAUGGCGAGGCCUUGGAAAGGUUGGCGGUUGCUGUGGAAAGAGCUACGAGUGGGCUGGCAUAA